UAAACAUGUGUGGUUGUCAAGUGGAACGCAAACUAUUUGCAUAUUUGUUUACUUCUCGUUAAAAAUAAUAAAUUGCUCUUUUGUCGCCACGACAACACAAAAUGGCUUGGAUAUCAGGCUUAGCAGAUAAAGCCGAAAAUAUUCUAAAUAAAUUGGAUAAAAAUGCAGCAAGUGCGCUGCAAGUUACGACUGCAACUGGUGGCACUGGAUCUGUAGAUAUUGGUGAAAGUAAUGCUUUGGAAACGAUGCGACGCAGUUUAUCCAGCAGUAAAUUGUCUUUGAAAUCAGCUUUAUCGCCAGCCAAGGCAAUAUCUGCCGGAAACUCCUUUAUAAGUAGCGGUAAAGUAGACACAAGUGAUGUUAUGGCAACGUAUGACACUAUAUUGACAGAUUCCUCUGAGUCUAAACCAAAGAUGGAAUGGACUGUAAACUCUGCAGUCUCCUCCCGUCGAAGUUCCAUUAAUUCGCAUGCAGAUGCUGUGGUGGCCAUAGAGGUGGAAGAAACGAACCCAAAGCAUGUUGUUUUAAAAAAAGUAGCCACUGAGGGAUCAUUCCUCUCCAGCUCACCGGAUGGCCAAGAGUUAAUGGCUUUUAAGAUCGCAUUAAGUGAAGUGACCAGUGAGCGUGAUGAAUUGCGCGCACGCAUAAACGCAAUGAACCGGGACAACGAAAAAGCAUUGUUGCUUAAAAGACUCCAAGAAAGUGAGUCACUGCUACAACGAUUAACAGAUGAGCGCGAUCAGGCACAACAUGAAUUGGGGAGCGCCCAAAGCACUAUCAAUGCAUACAUCCAUUCGAUUUCAGAACUUGAAUCGAAUUUAGCUAAAAUACAGCAGGAGUACCUGGAGGCGGCUCAUAAAUUACAAAUGCAAAUGAAGGAAACAGAACAGCAGCGCAAGGAGCUGCAAGAAUACCGUGUAAAAGCGCAAUUGGCACUGCAAAUGAAGGAUAAUCUCAUAACCGAACUUAAAGCCAAUGGCUCAUCCACCACCACUGUUGCUGGUAGUGAGGGCGAAACAGAUUUACGUUUGCUACAAAUGGAGUUCGAUGCACUGAAACAAGAGCACCAGCAAACUUUAGAGGAAUGCAAUACCUUGCGGAUGCAAUUGGAUGAGCUGCGACAUGACUGGCAGUUGGUAAACGAACAACAUACCACACUGGCAGCUGCUGCACACGCUGCUGAAGACGCUUUGCGAAAGGAAUUGCGUACCGAACGUGAACAGUUGCUCGCCGCCGAAUCAGAGCAGCGUGUACAAGCGCAAGAGUUGGUAAAGUUGCGACAACAGGUUAGCAAUCAGAUGGCAGCUUCUGCUACGCGACUACAAGAAAAGGAGACACAAUUACAACAACUGCGUGCAGAACUGAUGCGUCGCAAAAUGACCGUGCAAAACGGUGAAGACGGCAUCACAUCAGAUAGUUUUAAUGACCGCAUUAAGGCGCUAACGCAGACCCUGGUGGAUAAGCAGCAAACUGUAGAGCGCAUCACUGCCGAGCGCAAUGCACUACGUAUACAGUUAGAGAAAAUGCAAGAUCAGCUGCAGCAGCAAUAUACAUUCGAAAGUAGUCUGCACGGCGGUAGGGCUGUCUCCCGUAAUGCAUUGCUUUCGAACACCACUGACGAUGUAAAAGCUCAGUUUCCUCUAUUGAUGCGUGAGAAUCCCUUUGAUAAUCGUGUGGCGCGUCGAGUUAAGCGUGUCUAUUCCUCACUUGAUUCGGCUGGGAUCCGUUUGGGCGCAUUUCUACGGCGUUAUCCGCUCAUGCGCAUAUUUGUGCUGAUGUAUGUAGGAUUGCUGCACUUAUGGGUUGUCUUUGUGUUGAUAUCGUCAUCACCGAACUAGAUGUAAUGGAAUUUCCACCAGUUUCCAUGCUUGCCAUUUCAUGGAAAACUAUCUAUUUUUUUUUUUAGACACUUAAUUUGGUAUAACUCUUAAUAUAUGUACAUUAGACUGCAUCAUUCCCCAUAC